AUGGGAAACUACGUUGAGGAUUACGAUUACGGUUAUGAUCAUCAUCUCACCGUGAAGAAAUGGGAGCCCGUUUUGGUCACACCAGCCGAGGAGACGAAGAAAGGCAUCUACUUCCUCUCCAACGUCGACGAGGACGAAACCCUCGUCCGUACCAUUUACUGUUAUCAGCAUAAGAAAACUAACGAUGACCACGGUCCUUCGGAGGUGAUCAAGAAUGCUUUGAGCAAGGUUCUUGUCCACUACUACCCUCUCGCCGGCCGGCUGGUGACCACCGCCGACGAGGGGAGGCUCGCCGUGGACUGCACCGGCGAGGGCGUGUUGUUCGUGGAGGCAGAAGCGAAUUGCACGUUGGGGAGCGUUGACUUCUCCAGGCCUGACGCGGAAACACGUGGCAAGUUGGUGUAUGAGAUUCCUGGCGUGAAGAGCAUCUUUGAGAUCCCUCCUCUCAUGAUCCAGGUGACCAAGUUCAAAUGUGGUGGAUUCGUGCUGGGAGUCUCGUUCAACCAUCUCACCGCAGAUGGACAGGCGGCCAUGGAAUUCAUAAACUCUUGGGCCGAAACAGCUCGAGGUUUGCCGCUCUCUGUCCAGCCUUACCUCGACAGAACCCUCCUCAAAGCUCGAAACCCACUGAAAAUCGAGUACCACCAUGCCGAGUAUGACGUCUUAGAAGACAAGUCAACACCGAGAAAUAACAAAGAAGAAACCAUCUACGACUACAUCUACAUCAACGAGCAGAUGAUCCAAAAGUUGAAGCGACAAAUCGCGGCUGAAAUACACGGGCCUAGUCCUCCAGGUCCCGCCGUAAGACUUUGCAGCUCCUACGUGGCCUUGUCUGCUUUUGCAUGGAGAGCUCGAGCCAAGGCCCUGAAGAUGGCGGCAGAUCAAGAGACCAGAAUCCUCCUUGUGGUGAACACGAGAGACAAGUUCAACCCACCAUUGCCAAAAGGGUAUUUUGGCAAUGCUGUCAAGUUCAUCAGUGCUGUAACCUUGGCUGGUGACAUGGUCGACAAGCCACUUUCAUAUGCCGUUGGUAAAGUUCAAGAGGCGAUCAGGAGCGUUACGGAUAGUCAGCUGAGGUCCGGGAUUGAUUACUAUGAGGUGCACAAGACCAAAAGACCGAUGGGUUGUACGAUGAUCUCGACAGCUUGGUCGCGGUUAGCUUUUGGCUCGACCGAUUUCGGCUGGGGCGAGCCGAUUAUGACUGGACCGGUCGAGUUGCCUGUGGAUGAGGUGAUCAUAUUUCUGGCUCAUCCAAAGGAGAAAGGCAGCUUGAAUGCGUAUGCUGGGUUGCCAACUUCUGCCAUGAGGACUUUCCAAAAGUUGUGGGGAGAAAUAGUUUAA